UUCUCCAAGAGACUGAUUUAGACUUCAUCUUAGACAGGAAGUAAGUCUGACGAUGUACCUCAGGUCAGUCCACCAUUGACUCUUUAAAAGCAAACGGGGAUCAAGGGAACCUAGAGAGAGAGAGGGGGAGAGAGAAGCAAGACAAAGGCCAGCUGAAGGACCAUGGAGGAGGACAUCAGGAGAAAAGGGACGCUUUAUUUUCAUCAGCAACGCUUCGGCAAGAGAUGGAGGAAGGUGUGGUGCGUGCUGGCGGCGGAGAGCCGACGCAGCGUGUCACGGCUGGAGCUGUACGAGCACAAAUACUCCUCCUUCAAACAGGGCUCCAGCAAACGCAAGCCCGACUACAAACAGGUGAUCCGGCUGCGAGAGUGCAUCCAGAUAUCAGAAAGAGAGAUGGCCGACUGCCCCAAAGACUGCGCCGCCUUUUACCUCGAGACCUCAGACAAACUUUACGUGUUCGCAGCCGAGCGUUCAGAGGUGAAGGACUGGAUCAAGAGUCUGUGCGAGCAGGCGUUUCCCGGCUGCAACUAUUCUGAACCUGUGAGCAGUUCCCACGCCAGAGAAAUGCAGGAAAACUCACUUUAUGACACCGCAGAGAGCGUUCGGGAUUUCCUGGUCAUGGCCGUGGGCACAGAGGCAGCCGUUCGGUGCAGUCUGUAUGGGGAAUAUAUCCUCACUCCCCUGCCGGAAUACUUACUCCUGAAGGAUGUUAAAACUAAGAAAGUGCUAUUCAAAUGGAUGUACUGUUACAUAAGGAAGUUUGGACAGGACAAGCUGUCUUUUUCCUUUGAGGCUGGUCGCAGAUGCGAGUCCGGCGAGGGGAAUUUCGAGUUUACAACCCAUCAGGGUGAAAGACUGUUUAGCAUUGUCAGCGCAGCCAUCCAGAAUCUACCCAGACCCUCUACAGCAAAGCCAAUCAGCCCUGACCAUGCAGAACAAAGUCUAGCUCGAGAAAGCCACGGCCACGAAUGA